AUGUCUUCUCUGACUGAUAAUGAACUGAGGGAUAAAUUGAGAGAAUACGGAUUUGAAUCCGGUCCAAUUGUUCCAUCUACCAGGAAAGUUUAUGAGCGAAAACUCGAUAGGUUAAUUAAGGAAAGCAAAGGUGGUAGUACUCGCCUCCGUAGUUCAGUUUCACCAAACGUUUUUCGUCAGCUCAACUGGUCAUCCUUCGUAAGCGGUCCCAGCGAGCGUGCGUCCACGCCCCUUCCACACACUGAAUCGCGGCACCAAUCCCAAUUAUUCUCACCAAGUGCUCCGAGCUUUGUUCCGCAGCAAAACCCUGGUCAUACCCCCACCGCCGGCCCCAGAGCGCCUCUAAGAGCUGUUAAUGCUAAUGUCACUUACGACUCACCGAGCCCAUCAAGUGAAGGUCCACGGAUGGCUCACAAAUAUUCCACCCCCAGUGGUGUUCAGCCUCGGUCAAGCUCUGGUGGCCGUGGACCCAUUUCAUUGACAGGACAGCCCCGUUCUCGUGAACUAGGUCCAGACGCAAUGCGUGAUGCUGACACUUCAACGUCUAAUAGUCUCUUGCUCACUCCCAACGCAGCAUCUCGUCGGUCGUUUUGGUCAGGUUGGCAACCACGAGCCUCGAGCGCUGGCUCCUGUCUUAUGUCGGACGAAUCAAAUACUGGUGACGCUGAUAUAAGUCGCUGGGUUUCUCAGUCCGAAAAAACUGCCAAGCGCAGUCAGCCCAUGGGACCAAAUUUCGACAACUUCCAGAAAGUCAUUUGUCAUCCAAACGAGCCUUACGACAGAGAAGCUGUUGCCAUUCCAGAAAAGUCAGCCUGCAUUAAUGGCCGAGAUUUACCGUUGGUUUUAAAAAUCGUGCAUCCCCUCUUCGAAAUUCUCAGCCGUUUCGCAGGUGAAUAUCGUUGUGGUGAGUCGGUUGAGAGUUCAAAAAUGGAAGUGGGAACGGCAAAACGCCUCGUAAAGGGUUACUUCGGAAGCAGUCCGGUCUCCCACAUAUCUGAAAACCAAGUGGACGAUCUGUGGCGCAGCGUCUUAAUUUUAAUCACUGAAGUCGGACGAAAACACCUCGAAAUUGCUGCUUAUGACGGUGAUGGACUACAUCCCGUAUAUUGGCAGGAUGUACAAGAGCUGGAGAGUCUUCGUCCCUACAUCCCCGGCAGUUGCCGCCUACGUCUUCUGUUCUUCUCACUGCUGCAUUUCCUGAACAACCUCUUCUGGCUCCUCCUCAUCCUCUCUGUCGUCGGUGGGGUCUGUUACGUCGUCUAUCGUGUCAAGCUGUCCCACCAGAGUCGAACCAGUAAACGCGAGAUGCGUGUCCGCGAGAUCGUCUAUCAACCACUAUUUUCGCCCAAAUACGCUUCAUGCCUCCACCCGACUGACCUGCCGUUUGGUUUAGGUCUUCUGCAACAGCAACUGCACGUCAGACAGACCCAUCCCGCCGAGCCCCCUUACAUCCCCGUGUCUGUCAUCAAGGAGACUUUGAGCCACACAAACAAGGAUUUGGCCGACGUGUGGAAGGACGUGGAGCACCACGUGCACUUGGUGGAGGGCUGCAUUCUGGUGCAGGAGUGGCGAGGCCUCGGCGAGACCUGGCAGUGGCAAGGCGGCUCCGGCUGGCAAGGCUCUGGUAAGCACCCAUCUGUGUCCUCUCCACGCCCACCCCUCCAAGGUCAGCCCCGCGGCUACAAUUUCCACUCCAGCGAUGCCGCUGAGACGGCAGUCCGUGGGGCUGCACUGAGUGCGGAUUGGUGGCUGUGGUUUGACGUAGUCAUUUAUCUUUCUGCUGGCAACUGGCCAACUGAGCUUGGGCGAUCCGAACCACGUGGCGCUGGAGGUAUUGACGCUGCAGCUCUUCCGGACAAAUCCCAGCGCCUUCCCUUCACCACCCCUCCGACGGAAUGCUUAAAAGUCCGCAAUAUGUUCACCAGAGACACAUUUGACGCUAAUAUGGAACGCCGUUUGAAGAGGGAGUUACUGAAUCACAUCGCUGAAUGCGGAGCAAUCCUGCACAUUGGACUCGAUUAUCAAAACAAUCAGGGUCUGGUUUACAUAAAGUGUGCAUCGCCUGCAGUGGCGGGAAGAGUUUACGAGGCUAUUCACGCGAAUUACUUCGACAGCCACCUGCUGACCGUCAAAUUUUUGCGAGCUGUUAAGUACUACCUACGUUUUCCGGAAGCCUGCAAUGCUGUCACACCGCUCAAUGCUGCAGACUUUGAAUAG